AUGUCAUUCCCUAAGAUAGAGGGAUAUAUCGUGACUGAAAAACUCGGCUCUGGAAGUUAUUCCACCGUGUACAAAGCGUAUACAAAGGUCGGUGCAAGAUCAGUAGUGGCUGUAAAAUGUGUGGAUAAAUCGAGAGUAAAGCAUUCCGGAGCUGCCAUCGAUAAUUUGAUUACCGAGAUAAGACUUCUAAAGACGUUACGACAUCCACACAUAGUACAUAUGAAGGAAUUCACUUGGGAUGCAAAAAAUAUCUACAUUAUAACCGAAUACUGCUGUGGCGGGGAUUUGUCUAAAUAUAUCCACAAGUAUGGCAGAGUUCCCGAACAUCAAGUGUUAUAUUUCUUACAACAACUAGCCUCAGCUUUGAAAUUCUUGAGAGAAGAAGGUGUUGUACACAUGGAUUUGAAGCCUCACAAUCUUUUACUUCACAAAGACUCGGAUAACAAAUAUUUAUUAAAAGUAGCUGAUUUUGGGUUUGCGCAGCACCUGACAGAAGAAUCAAUGAGAUCAGUCCGAGGCUCGCCUCUGUACAUGGCACCGGAAAUGAUCCUAGGAAAAUAUGAUGCCAGAGUUGAUCUGUGGAGCGUUGGUGUUAUUAUGUACGAGUGUCUGUUCGGUAGAGCUCCUUACUCAUCGGCGACGUUGAAGGAAUUGGUGGACAAGAUACAAAGACAAGCUCCAAUACAGAUUCCUUCAAAUUCCUCGCUGUCCGCGGGCUGUCUUGAUCUUCUUACUAGACUGCUACAACACGAUCCCAAUAAACGCAUCUCCUACGAGGAGUUCUUCAACCACGAGUACUUGGACCUGGAAUACAUGCCUUCAAAGCAGAACUAUAAUACGGCGGUAGGUCUAAUCAAGCGAGCCAUAGAACAUGACAGUGAGGGUCGUCUGAAGGACGCGCUGGAGGGGUACAGGACGGGGCUGAGGUACCUGGUGCCCGCCGCCAGGGUACACACGGACCCCGCGAGGAGGAGCGCGCUGGCUGCCAAGCUGGAGAGGUACAUGGAUAGGGCGGAGGAAAUUAAGAGAUUGUUAAGUGGCCAGAGCCCCACACCUUCGACGCCCAUAUUACCCGAAGUGACACCGCGGAGCCCUAUCUGCGGGGGCUGCGCCAGCGGACAGGAAUCCGGAACUAGCUAUGAGUUCCAAGAGAUUCGCACCAUUCAAGAAACUUAUGCCGAAGAAGCGACAGAGACCAAUAAAAACACGAACAACGAAGAAAAUAAACAAAACGAUGAAGUGAAAACCAAAAAAGACAAACGCGGAGCAUUCGCAAGGUUCCUGCGUAGACCGCUACCAGAUAUCACGAACAAAGAUGUGAUAACAUUGCCCAGCAUCAAAAGCGCGUUAUGGGCAAGUCAAGGGCUGAGGGUCCAGCCUUUGCAAACGCGUUCAGGGUACGAGGACCACUCCACGGAGAAGAUUCUUGCUGCGCAAGAAACCUUCGUAGCCCUAAGACGUGCUCAGUCCCCGUUCUACAAGAUCUGCGCCAAGGAGUUCUGUUGCAGCGGCGUGGGUUGGCUCGUCAUCCUGGGACUAGCCAGCACCUUCAUAGCAUUCACCGUGCUGAUGGUCAAAUUCCUCAAUGAAGCCAAACCUAUAACUUUGGCCAGCAUCAAAAACGCGUUAUGGGCAAGUCAACGCCUGAAGGUCCAGCCUAUGCCAACGCGAUCAGGGCCCAAGGACCAGUCCGCGGAGAAGAUUCUUGGUUCGGGACACACUUUAGGUGUAUCGUUAUAA